GAGAGGGGCCUUAGUGCUGUCAGUCGCCGCCAUGCCCAAGGUGCGGGCCGGGAAACGGCCGCGGAAGGAAAGCCGGGAGGUCCGUGCUACCGGCAUCCUCUUCAACAAAGGAGCCGGCCAGCACAUCUUGAAGAAUCCCCUCGUCGUCAACAGCAUCAUCGAGAAGGCUGCCCUGCGACGUACAGAUGUCAUUCUGGAAGUAGGCCCGGGAACUGGUAACCUGACAGUAAAGAUGUUAGAGAAAGUAAAAAAAGUUAUUGCUUGUGAAAUUGACCCUAGACUUGUUGGUGAACUUCAGAAGAGAGUUCAGGGCACGUGUCUGGCAAACAAGCUUGAAAUCAAAGUUGGCGAUAUCUUGAAAACAGAUUUACCAUUCUUUGAUGCAUGUGUGGCUAACUUGCCUUACCAGAUUUCUUCACCUUUUGUUUUCAAGUUGUUGCUUCAUAGACCUUUCUUCAGGUGUGCAAUACUUAUGUUUCAAAGGGAAUUUGCAUGGCGUUUGGUUGCAAAACCAGGAACAAAACUCUACUGCAGACUUUCUAUUAAUACCCAGUUACUAGCUCGAGUGGACCAUCUGAUGAAGGUUGGAAAGAACAACUUCAGGCCUCCUCCCAAGGUUGAAUCCAGUGUUGUCAGAAUAGAGCCAAAGAACCCACCACCUCCUAUCAACUUCCAGGAGUGGGAUGGCCUGGUAAGGAUAGCCUUUGUUAGGAAAAACAAGACACUUUCCGCAGCAUUUAAGUCAAGCGCUGUAGCGCAGUUGCUGGAUCAUAAUUACCGAAUUCAUUGUUCCUUACAUAAUACAGAAAUACCAGAAAACUUCAAAAUUGCAGAGAAGAUACAAACAGUACUAAAAAAUACAGGUUACUCUGAAAAACGAGCCCGCUCAAUGGAUAUAGAUGAUUUCAUUAGACUGCUGCACGGCUUCAAUUCAGAAGGCAUCCAUUUCUCCUAGAUUCUACUAGACGAAUGAGGAUGUUCUGUAUUUUGUCACCCAAAGUGUUACC